CAGACAACGUGUUUUGACAAAGUUAAAAGUUUUGACCGUGAUAAAAAUGACGAGCCUUACAAUUAUUUAAUAAAAUAGUUUUAAAAGUGUUAUUCGUAAAUAUGACUGUGUGGCAAAAACUGGAAAAUGAGGAAUGUUACGCUGUUGCUCUCUACAACUACAGUACGACGAAGACAAACCACCUACACCUGGAGGUUGGUGAGCUAGUGCACAUCGAGGGGCAGUGCAAACAUUGGUACCAUGGCAAGAGUCUGCGGAGGGACGCGCGGGGGAUCUUCCCGAAAAGUUAUGUGGUGAUACGCGAGUGCCAUGUUGAGAGAUGUGGCGAAACGGUGGUUGCAUCUGCGGGGGGCGGGGGCGUAGUACACGAUAUUGCGAUCACGUUGAGAGAAUGGCUCCAACAUUGGAAAGCAUUAUAUACGAAAAACGAUGAACGCUUCAAGUUCAUGGAAGUCAGUAUGAGGGCUCUACUGGAGUUACGGGCUCAGGCCGCUUCAGGCGCUUUGCCGCAAGAUCAGUUGCGACGAGUCGCUAGAACUGCUGUGUUUACUAUUGAUAAGGGGAAUAGGACAUUAGGUAUGGAGUUAGCUGUAAGGACUAUGAGCGGGCAAUUGGUGGAUCCAUUGACAACUUCAACGUUCAAGUUGAAUGCACUACAUGACGAUGCUAAUUCGCGGAUUGACAAGAAUAUGGAGACAACACCAUCAAGCCGGCCAACAAGCCAAACGCCAACAGCGCGAACAUACACAGUAGUAGCAAAUGUUAAGAACUUCGUCUGUCGUAUGAGCGAUGUCGCGGAAUUAUCACUAGCGUUACACGAUUCCGCGGGAAAUAAAAUAACAGAGAGUGUCCUGUUAAAAUGGCCGCCGCAGAACUUAGCCGUGGAUCUAUUUACAGCGCCGUCUCUUGUUUUUACGGAUCUCGGCAGCGAUAUCAAGAAGGAGAAAAUAUUCCUUGUCUGUCAAGUUGUGAGGAUAGGUUCAAUGGAACCGCAAAACGUUGACCACAGACGCAGCACAAUAACAGGUGUGGUACAAACGACAAGUGCGGCGACAUUACGGAGGCCCUUCGGGGUUGCGCUCGCUGACGUCACACUGCAUCUGGCCAAUCAGCACGCUGAUAAGGAGAUACAGCUGCCGUUUUAUGCGUGUGACAAAGACAACAUGGAUUCUCUACUAAAGAAAGUGAUAUCGAACAGAGAUCUAAAGGAUCAGAAGCAUACGCAGGGACUGUGGGUGUAUUUGCAGAUGUUUGAAGGCGAUUUGAAACAGAUACGCCAAGAAAACCCGCACAUAGUGGUCGGCAACAGUGCGUUCGCGCGUAAAAUGGGUUUCCCCGAAGUAAUCCUCCCCGGGGACGCGCGGAACGAUCUGUACGUGACGCUCGUUAGUGGGACGUUCUCUAGGGGUGGGGGGAAGUCCUCCGAGAGGAAUAUAGAGCUCGUCGCCAGGGUUGUGGAUAAAAAUGGUCAGAUAAUACCGGGAGUUAUUUCAAUAGGAGCAGGAGUGCCACUAGUAAAUGAAUAUACGUCAAUUGUUUAUUAUCACGAUGACAGACCGAGAUGGCAAGAGGUGUUUAAGGUGUGUCUAAACAUCGAGGAGUUCAAAGAAGCACACAUAGUAUUCCUAUGCCGCCAUCGCAGUUCAAACGAAGCUAAAGAUAGAAGUGAGAGACACUUUGCUUUAGCGUACUUACGGCUCAUGCAACGGGAGGGAACCACUACACCGGACACUAACCACCAGCUGGCUGUAUAUAAGAUCGACCACAAGCGUUCACAAACGAGUGAAGUCGAAACCGAAGCAGCGGCCGCGUGUUUAGGGCUGCCAUCUCGUAGGGACGAGUUGCCGGCCGGGGCCGACAGAGGGCUGACAAGAGGGCCGCUGUCCUUGGUGCACAGGGACACACUCGUGGUGGGCACUAAGUUGUGUUCCACUAAACUUACUCAACGAGAGGAAAUACUGGGAGUACUAAAGUGGAGUACACACCACGCAGAGGGCACGCUUCGAGCGGCCCUCACUAGAUUGCUUCGUGUGCCAAACGAUGAAUUGGUUAAAUUCUUGCAAGAUAUAUUGGAUGCAUUGUUUUCUAUACUUACUCAGGUGGAAGAAGAUUGCACAGACUACACAGAACAAAGUUACGCAGUACUAGUGUUGGAUUGUCUCCUCGUGGUCAUUUCGUUAGUAGCAGAUCACAAAUACCAACACUUUCAGCCGGUUUUGCAUGUGUAUAUUGAGCAGAGCUUCUGUGACGCGCUUGCGUAUGAGAAACUCAUAUCCAUAAUGGUGUGGGCGAUCCGUUCGGCGGAAAACGGGGAACUUGCCUCGAAGAGAUUGCUGCAGUGUAUGAAAUGUCUGGAAAGUCUGGUGCGUGUGUUGGUGCGGUCGAGACAGUUGAGAGCUGCGUUGGGUUCGAGUGCCGGCCGGAUGGAGCAUUCCGCUACUUAUUGUCCACAGUUGGAGAGUCUUCUAGAAGCCCUAGUAUGGCUAAUGCGUUGCGGUGACCACGCGCUAACCUGCCAGGGCUCUGCACUAAAGUACCUGCCGCACGCCAUACCGCACAUGAUCAAGAUCUAUCCAGAUACUAAGCUUAGCGAAUUCACAGUAUGGGCACUGGAAGCGCUACCGCUAGGCCGUCUGUCCAACCAGCGACUGCACGCGCUACUGGAGCUAGUGCGCGGGCCGCUGGGAGCCAGUGCUGGCGCUAGAGCCGUGCUGCUGCCGCACUUGGCCAGUACGCUGCGGGCGCUGCUGAGGGCACCCGCUGAGUGGGAGCGCGAGGCGGCGAUAAAGUCGCGCUCGUUCAGCAAGGCGGCGCGGCUGCUCGGCGCCGACACCGCGCGGCUCGUCGACCACACGCAGCAGCAGCAGUUUGUCGAGUUAUGUGUGGAGACGUUAGGCGAAGUUGUAACACUACUGGGUCGAGAUGACGUCGGGCCUGUGGAGGCUGAUCGAGGAAUGUUAGCGAGAUCUCUUCUACCGACAGUACUGAAGAUAGCAGUCACUAUGAUGCCGGAGAGGAGGGAGGAUGGGAUAGCGAAUGAUGAUCCUUUAUUGCGGAAACUAAUCUGCGUACUCCUCGACAUGGUGCGCCAAAUGUCCGAAGAGCAAUACACCAUGGUGAUGAAGUCAGUAGAGGCGGAGAGUUCUGGCCGUUCGGAGAGUCUGGUGGUAGACGCGUUGGCACUGAUGACGUCACUGCUCACGCGGCCGGUGUUCAGACCGCACUGGGCGGACAUGCUGCACCUGCAGCACUAUGUGAUGAUGCACGCGCUGCGCCUAUUAGCAAGAAUGCUGCGCGACAAUCUUUCAGCUCUAGAACCAACCGACACAGACAGUAUGAGCAGCAUACACUCGACUCUAUCAGACUGGUUCAAUACGGUCGGUCUGGUAGCGUCGUCAUCGCCUCUACAAUUGGAGAGUCUACCAGCGGCGAGGAAACAUAGAGCAUUAAUGCUCUAUGGUGAUAUAAGGAGAAGUGCCGCUACAUUAGCAGCGGAAAUGUGGCAUAGCCUUGGUGACCAUAAGCGAUAUUUCAUUCCACAACUAGUUGGCACAUUCUUAGAAGUUAGUUUUCUCAACGACGAUGAAGUACGAAAUAUCAUUAUUCCGCUCUUCUUUGACAUGAUGCAGACGGAAUUCAAUCAUACUCAAGAGACUUACGGUGAAGGCAAUCUACGUACAUUCGAGAACGAACUAAUCGACAAGCUAGACGUGCUAGCCGAAGCCGGUAGAGGCGAUGCCGCGUGGCGAGCUCGUUUCGUCUCUAUAUGCGGAGCUCUAUGUGCCAACUGUCCGAGUCUAAGAAAUGCUGGGGCAACUCUAGUAGCGGCGGCUGCGAGGCAAUUGGACGCUCUAUUGCAGUAUAGAGCUGCGCCCACUUCGCACAGAAUGUAUCUUAUCACGAGUGUGCUAAAGUUCUAUGAACAGAUAGAGCGCCCGCACAUGUAUAUACGCUACGUGCACCGUCUGUGCGCGAUGCACCGAGCGGCGGGGCAGUGCGCGGAGGCGGGGCUGACGCUGCGGCUGCACGGCAAGCUGCUGCAGUGGGCGCACAGCCCGCUGCCGCCGCGCCUGCAGCACCCCGCGCAGCGACACCACACGCACCUGGCGCUCAAGGUGCGCACACACAUACACACAUACACCGAGCAGGCGGGGCUGACGCUGCGGCUGCACGGCAAGCUGCUGCAGUGGGCGCACAGCCCGCUGCCGCCGCGCCUGCAGCACCCCGCGCAGCGACACCACACGCACCUGGCGCUCAAGGUGCGCACACACAUACACACAUACACCGAGCAGGCGGGGCUGACGCUGCGGCUGCACGGCAAGCUGCUGCAGUGGGCGCACAGCCCGCUGCCGCCGCGCCUGCAGCACCCCGCGCAGCGACACCACACGCACCUGGCGCUCAAGAUAUACCUCUACGAAGAAAUGGCGCGUCUCUUAGAGUCCGGGCGGCAAUGGGAAGCCGCGGUCGAAGUGGUCAAGGAAUUGGUCCAAGUUCACGAACAAACAGCAUUAGAUUAUACAGCACUAGCGGAUUUACACGAGUCUUUGGCGUCGCUGUAUAGAGCUACAUUGCACCAGACUAGGUUGCCGAAUUCGUACUUUAGGGUCCGGUAUUUGGGUAAAGGGUUCCCGCCGCAUCUGUUAAAUUCUAAGGGUUUCGUAUAUCGAGGUAACGAGUGUGACAUGUUACACAAUUUCAAAGAGAGAAUGUUGGAUGAAUGGCCGGAGGCUGAAGUUUUAUUAAAAUUGGACGAGCCGGGAGAGGACAUCACGGAGUCAGAUGGACAAUAUUUACAAAUAAACGCGGUAACGCCAGUGAUCUCGGAAAAAUGGGCACACCUCGCUGACAAACAGAUUGACGAACGAAUAUUGCAGUAUUACGAGAACAAUAACGUCAAUAAGUUUAUUUAUUCCCGACCUAUACAUAGGAAUGAAGACGCAAUAAACGUUUCUAGUAAUGAUGUAUCGGGAACUAAUGAAUUUGCUACUAGAUGGUUGGAGAGGACUGAACUGGAGAUUAGUGAUCCUUUACCUGGAAUACUAAGAUGGUUUCCGGUAGUAGAUUCACGGACAUAUUUAAUAUCACCGCUCGAAGUGGCCGUAGAAACUAUGUCCAAUACAAAUAGGCAAUUGAAACGGGUCAUACUUGAGUCAAAAUCACCUAAUGUGAUACUACACCCGCUUACUAUGAGGCUACAAGGUAUCCUAGACCCACGUGUUCAAGGCGGUCUAAUAAACUACGAACGUGCGUUCUUCACACCGCAGUACUCCACUCGGCACCCGGAACACGUGGAUCUGUUGCAGAGGCUGAAGGAUCUCAUUGCAGAACAAUUGCCGCUACUUAAAUUGGGUUUGGAAGUACACGCAUCUAGAGAACCAGAUAAGAAAAUGCACGCGUUACUCGUGGAGAGAUUCCACGAUCACCAACAAAAAGUGCAACAAGGCUUCGGUUUGAGGACGCUAGAAUUCGACGCGACAAGCGAAGCGUCCUCUGACGUUCAAUUGCGAGUGAACUCUCGUGACAGUACAGAUAUAGAGACACGCAGUUUGACGAACAACAGGAUAUCUGAUAUAUCUACGGGGACUGACACACCAUCGAAGUCGAAAUUCAUAUCAGCUAUUAAUUGGACAAGAAAUAGCAGUAGUGGAACUCUUACACCGAGGCAUAAGAAAAGAAGUAGGAAGAGCGAAGUAAGCAUUCAAUCGAGCGGAAGCCAAUGGUACACAACAGCAACAACAAACGGCGUCAAUAGUGCAAUCAACAGCGCAAUCAACACAGCCAUAGCUAGUGCGUUCAACAACAACAGUAUUAGUUCGUCGAGCCUCGAUACAACAGUGUCGCCGCUCAGAGAGUUGAGACAAGAGCUGGUGACGGAGCGUCCGCUCCGCGCGGACGUCGAGCGGCGACUGUCGCAGCGGACGAGUCUGGUGACGUCAUCCGAACCGCCGUCCAACCGGGACUCGCUAGGAACCACUGACUCAAACCAAGAUGAGGAAGAGCCGCCGCCGCUGCCGGUAAAACAAUCGCACAGAAGUCUAGAUCUAGACAGCGAGAAUAAUAACCUAGAAUCGAACCCGCUACCCACUAGAUAUAAUUACGAUCUAGUACUGUCACCGAGGAAUUCGUAUUUGUACCAAUCAAAAAGAAGGAAUACGUGUGAACUACCGCCGGCCAAUGAGAAAGCGCCUACACCACCGCCGAAGAAACGAAAUCAGACAAAUGCUUAAUUAUAUUAUUAUUUAUUUUUAUUGUGUGGUUGAAACAGUAAAUGUGAACUAAAGAUUAUUAUGUCAGGUUUUAUCUAAAGUUUUUUCGUGACAAUUAAAUUCAACUUAGGCUGGUUGCAGAGCUUGACCGACCAUCAGUGCGUACGUCAGUCGCGCUUGUCAUAUGUAUGGAAAUUCAUAAAACCGUUCAUAGCUAGACCGACCAUACGCGUAUUG